GAUUAUAGCUCGAUCUCCUUCAACAAAAGCUGCUCUCUGUGAAAUCAUCCGCCGUCAUUUUGCAAGGAAUUAAGUAGAAUUCUUCUCCCUCUGCCUGUAAAUGGACCCUCUCCGGCAUUUGCUUUUCUGCCUGCUGCUGUGAUGAUGAGCUGAUUCCUUGCAGAAGAAGCUCGGUUGAGAUUUGAAUGCUGAAAUGCUAGUAAAAUGAAGUUUUUUUUUUGGUUAAUUAAUCAAAAGUGAUAUGAUUUGGCAAGUGGAAAUUUCAGUUUCAUGGGUUUGAUUUUUUGUUCAGAUUAUAAAUUUUGUGUUUAAUUUGAGUAAGGAUUUUUGUUUAUUUGAGCUGCUAGUAGUGUAGUAGUUACGGAGAUUUUCUGGUAUGGAUGCAAAAGGAAGAAGCUACUCGUGGAAACUGGGUUCAAUUGUGAGCUGGAAGAAGAAAGCUUGAUUCCCAAGUUUUCUGGUUAAAAGGCACAUGCUUUGCUUCUUUAGUUAAUCGAGGGAUUUAAAGCACAAUCUUCUUAUAGCAUAUCUGUUUGAAAUGCUUAUCUUGUUAAAUGUCAGCAGGGGGGGAUUACUUCGUUCCUAAAGCUGUCAUUCGGAAAGGAAGAUGGCGGCUGAGCUUGUUAAAGCUGCAACAUGUGAAAAACUCGCGGAAACAGAUUGGAUGAAAAACAUCCAAAUCUGUGAGUUAGUUGCAUCUGAUCACAGUCAAGCUAAAGAUGUCACCAAAGCGAUAAAGAAGCGCCUUGGGAAAAAGAACCCAACUAUUCAAUUGUUGGCGGUGACAUUGCUGGAGAUGUUAAUGAACAAUAUUGGAGAUCCUAUUCACAAGCAGGUUAUAGAUACAGAAAUUCUCCCAAUUCUUGUGAAAAUAGUAAAGAAAAAGUCUGAUGAACCUGUGAGAGAGAAGACAUUUCUACUUCUAGAUGCUGCACAGACUUCUGUUGGUGGGGCUUCUGGGAGAUUCCCUCAGUACCAUGCUGCAUACUAUGAGUUGGUGAAUGCUGGAGUGAAGUUUCCUCAAAGACCAAAUACUAUUCCGAAAGAGCACCGCCCAUCAUCCGAGGAGAUCAAGAUUAAACCUAUUGAGAGUAAACCACCUCAGCCCGCAAACCAUGUGCCAAAAGAAGAGCCUAAGAAGGUUUCUGAUCUGAGUGUUCUGCAGAAGGCCAGUGCAGUAAUGGAAGUCUUAAGGGAUGUUCUUGAUGCUGUUGAAACUCAACAUCCUGAGGCAGCAAAGGAUGAGUUCACACUUGAUCUUGUCGAGCAAUGUUCGUUUCAGAAGCACAGAAUUAUGCAUCUUGCAAUGACUUCUAGGGAGGAAACGAUUAUUUCCAAAGCAGUUGAGCUGAAUGAACAACUUGAUAUUGUUCUCAAAAGGCAUGAUGCCCUUGUAGCCGUUCGUCCAGCCCAGAUUUCAACUCUUGUACACAAUGAACAAGGGGAAGAUGAGGAGGCUGAGCAGCUUUUCCGAAGAAUGAGGAAAGGAAAAGCUCCUCUUCAACCUGAAAAAAAAGAACAGCGGUUGGGAUUGCUGGGAUCAACCAUUCCAGGAAAUAUGCUUCACCGCCCACUCAUAAGACCAAUAGUGUCUCUAGAGCAGAAGCAGCAGGACCGUAAUCCGGGGAAAUCGGUAGCGGCUGCCGCCGCGAUUCCACCCCCACCGGCAAAAUAUGCAGAGAGGGAAAAGUUCUUUCAGGAAAACAAACCAGGCAGUCCUGCAUUAUCUGGUCACAUCAGUCGCCUCUCCUUACAUAGUCGCAAUCCCAGCAGCUCCCACAGCGGCAGCAUGGAAUUUAGCGACGACUGAGAAAUGUUGAACUCUUUUUUGCUGGAAUCAGAUCAUGGGUUUGUGUGUAUAUUGUGGUUAAUUGUGAUUUCGGAUGGUUGGAAAUGAGAAUUGGAUGUUUAAAAAACUCUAGUUUCUUUUCUUAUUUUGUUCAUAAAUUUGUUGUAUUGGACCAAUUCAAUAUGAAUGUCAUGAAAACCUUUCCUAGAUAUGGUGACUUGUGGUGGAUGCAGUUUCCGUUGAGGUUAGUUCUUCUCUUAUUGUUUACUAACACAACAGUCCCCUUUUGCAUGGCGCAAUAAUACUCUUCCCAUCCU